AUGCAAUGUAAUAAGACGUUGAGUGGUGUUACAUUGUUUUAUCAGAAAGUCAUGUAUUCCUUCGAGGGGGACUUUAGGCGAAAGCCCCAACAAAAUUUAGCAGGUGCUAGUGCCCAACGUAAAACAGAUCGAGAUGCUUUGAUAUUGCAGUCACAACAACAAAGACAAAAACGAGAGGAACAUAGAAGACGCCUAAAUAGUACAAUCAAGAUACAAGCUUAUGUUAGAAGCUACCUUACACGGAAACAUAGCAAACAAUAUGAACGAGAAAAAUUUGAUUACAUUUUUCCUAAAACAAAUCCUGAUAACCAGGUUUUAGUUUCAUCACUAGUUUCUAAGAUAUUAUUCUUUUAUGAUGAACAAAAGGAUUAUAAUAGAUUGAUAUCAAUAUCACAGUUAUUAUUAAAACAAUGGCAAAAAGUGUUUCAAAGUGGUGGUUCCUCAAUUCAAAUAAGAAGAUUACUAGUAUUACAUCUUCGUUUACUGCGAGAAGAGUCUGAGGUUUCAUUAGCAGUGCCAUUAAGAAUGUUAGAGGUUUUUACUUCCUUACAAUCUGCAGAAUCUUCUAUGAGCUAUGAAGAAGCUGUUAAUGUUAUUGGUGGUUCUUUUUUCUACCUAAUUAAAAGAGGCUAUUUUAAAGAUUUAUGCAACUUGAUGUGCCAAAGGACUCCACCCCUGUAUGGUCAUUCACCAAAUCCACCUACUCCACUAUGUGGGGCAUUGUUAGAUUUAAUUCAAAGACCAAUUAAUUUGACAACACAAAUUAACACAAUAGAAUAUGAGGAUACAGUCAUGACAGAAUUUACUUCGGCCUUCCUGUGCAAUCCAUAUCCAGAACCAGUGGAAAUGUAUAUGUUACCAGCAUUAGCAAUGGAUCCGAAUAGAAGGUUUCCAUUCAUAUCUUUUGUGCGAAGCAUGCAGGAUGAGAGCAAAUUCACUAGUGGAAAACUAGUAAAUGAUUCAUGGUUAUUACAUUCCGUGCUGUCAUUGGAACCCCCUGGAUUUGCCGAUUACCUUCGCGGCGCAGACCACGCGAGGCUCGCGAACAACCCAACUGUAAUAGAAUACCUGAAAGUGCUGGCCAGGCUGACGGAGAAUGUGUGCAACAAGCAAAUAACUUACGAAUACGAGGACUCGCUGUACAGUCAAGAGACGGCGGCGGAUAAGGACGAGGACAGCGACAGCGAGGUGGAGCCAAACCCCACCUCGGUGAGGGAGCAGAGCCUGCUCACGAGGUGCAUAGAGAUGAUCAACGAGCCGGAGCGCUGCGUGAUGGUGGCCUGCUCGCAGAUCAACGAGAACGACCUCUGCGAAGACUUCCUAGAGGGCAUAUCCAAGAUAUGCCACAAUCUGCUGCUCAGCCACAAGAUGGCGCUGCACAAGUACAGGCUGCUGUACACGCUGGCGUUCAAGCCGCCGUUCGUGCGCGGCGUGUGGCGCUGGCUGAGCGGCAUGAGCCAGGCGUCGUCGUUCGGCGGGCCGGGCACACCGCUGCUGGCCGUACUGUCCCGCGGCGUAGGCGCGCCCGGCGUCGGCCGACUGCUGGCGCCGCUCGCGGUCUUCUGCGCGCUCUUCACGCUGCUCAUCGGCACGCUGCACGACGCGGAGUUCUUCCGCGACGGCGACGACAAGCCCACAGCGAGCGCGGCGGGUGCGUCCGGGGCGCGUACGCACGCGUUCGAGUUCUCCGAGCUGGGCGGGCUGUGCCGCGCGUUGAGGCAGCUGUGCCUCGGCCUGCUGGAGCUGGCCGUGCCCGACACGAGGCCAGCUCGGACGCCCUAUAUGCAUCCGCACCAGCACGAGCACUCGCCCGUGUGGACGCACCUCUUCAAGGUGUGCACGCAGCUGUUGCGCGCUCUGUACGCGCGCGACGAGCGGCUGCGCUUCAGCGCGGGCGCCGCGUGGGCGGGCGAGAGGGACGAGGACGCCGCGGAGGUGGCCGCGCUGGUGGCCUUCGCGAGGGCGCGCUCCCGCCAGAACGCGCCGCUGGUGGACGCGGCGCGCGCGAUCAGCAACGAAGAGGGGCCCCCAUUAACGAUAAAAGAAUUGAGGAUGCUUACUAUUCUGAAGGAGAUUCCGUUCGUCAUGUCGUUCUCUACAAGGGUGUUGAUAUUCCAGACGUUGCUCCUACGGGAAAAGAGCGCGAAUUGGUACGAGCUGUCAAGCUUCAAUGAGGGUCCAUCGAUAAACAUCAGUGUCCGUCGCACGCAUUUGUAUGAGGACGCAUUCGAUAAGCUCAGUCCAGACAAUGAACCGAAUUUGAAGUUGACGAUGCGAGUUCAGUUCAUAAACCAAGUGGGCGCCGACGAGGCUGGAGUGGACGGCGGUGGGGUCUUCAGGGAAUUCCUGUCGGAACUCCUCAAAUCAGCCUUUGACCCUAACCGUGGCUUGUUCCGUCUAACAAAGGAUAAUAUGCUGUAUCCAAACCCAGGAGUGCAUUUAUUGUACGAUGAUUUUCCAAUGCACUAUUAUUUCGUUGGAAGAAUGUUGGGAAAGGCGCUGUACGAGAGCCUGCUGGUGGAGCUGCCGCUGGCGGAGUUCUUCCUGGGCAAGCUGUGCUCGUCCCGCGAGCCGGACGUGCACGCCCUGGCCUCGCUGGACCCGGCGCUCUACCGCGGGCUGCUGCUGCUGCGCGCGCACCGCCGCCAGGACGUGCCCGAGCUCGGGCUCGACUUCACGCUGCUCAGCGACGAGCUCGGCGAGCAGAGGAUAGAGGAGCUGAAGCCGGGCGGUGCGAACAUUCCCGUUACGGCGGAGAACAGAAUAGAAUAUAUUCACCUCGUCGCCGAUUACAAGCUCAACAGACAGAUAAGGUCGCAGUGCAACGCUUUCAAGCGCGGUCUGACAUCGGUCGUGAACGCCGAGUGGCUGAGAAUGUUCUCCUGCAGGGAGCUGCAACUCCUCAUCUCUGGUGCAGAGGUGCCCAUAGACCUGGAGGACUUGAAGAGGAACACUCACUAUGCCGGAGGCUUUUCGGCGACUCAUCCGACGGUGCAGUGCUUCUGGAAGGUGGUGGAGAACUUCACGGACGACCAGAGGCGGCAGCUGCUCAAGUUCGUCACCAGUUGCUCGAGGCCACCGUUAUUAGGGUUUAAGGAUCUCAUCCCGUCGUUCUGCAUCCAAUCGGCGGGCGCGUCGGACCGGCUUCCGACGUCGUCGACUUGCAUGAACCUUCUGAAACUUCCCGAGUUCAAUUCCGAGGAGGUGCUCGCCGAGAAGCUGCUCUACGCUAUACAGGCCGGCGCCGGAUUCGAGCUUAGU